CCCAAACCAAACUUGAGAUAUCAAAGGAACAAACUAGGGACAGAACCGGCACUUCACAUAAAUAUAUAAUCAGUUAAAAAAAGUUCAGUAAAGUUGGAGUGAUGUGACACUAUGAACACGAAAAUUCCUUUCUUUGUUUUGUCUUCGCAGCCUGUCUCCAAGAGCCAACUUCCUAAACUUUGUGUUCUUGCUCCAUUUCUACGUUUUCCUUUCCUUCUCUGAAGACAGGGAAUCAGUUUGGGCAGUGAAUGAGUGCACUUGAGUUGUUGGAUUUGAGGAUUUUAUAGGGGUGAUACAUUGGAGCUGCCCGUGAAAAGAUGAUUCUUUCAGCUCUUUUAACUUCUGUUGGGAUCAAUCUUGGUCUUUGCUUCUUGUUUUUUGCCCUAUACUCGAUAUUGAGGAAGCAGCCGGGUAACAUCAAAGUCUAUUCGCCUCGAUUGUUUGGUGAAAGAAAAACUCAACAGGAGGAUGACUUCAACUUGGAAAGAUUGCUACCAUCACCUGGUUGGGUGAAAAGGGCAUGGCAGCCCUCUGAAGACGAAUUAUUGUCAAUUACAGGACUGGAUGCUGCUGUAUUUAUGCGCAUGUUUAUCUUCUGUCUUAGAGUGUUUACUUUUGCCAGUAUCAUUGGAAUCUUUGUUCUUCUGCCAAUUAACUUUUUGGGGAACCAGUUAACAGAUGGUUUUUCUAAUUUGCCAACGAAAUCUCUGGACUCGUUCAGUAUUUCAAAUGUCGAUGAUGGUUCAAACAGGUUAUGGAUUCACUUUUGUGCUGCCUAUAUUUUCACUGGAGUUGUCUGCUAUCUUCUGUAUUAUGAGUAUAACUAUAUUUCAUUGAAAAGAACUGCCUAUUUCUAUUCUUCCAAACCUCAGCCACAUCAGUUUACAAUAUUAGUUCGUGGUAUUCCUACCUCAUCUGAAAGCAGCUUAAGUCAAGUUGUUGAGAACUUUUUCACAGAGUAUCAUCCUUCAACUUAUCUUUCACAUGCAGUGGUCCGUCAAACAAGCAAGAUUCGAAGUCUUAUGAAUGAUGCAGGGAAGCUAUAUAGAAGGCUUGGUCAUUUAAAAUCAACAAAUUCUCAGCAAAGGUUUAAGCGUGAUGGAUUUUUGGGACUCUUUGGUCGAAAAGUUGAUCUGGUGGACCACUAUGAGAAGAAGUUGGAAGAUAUAGAAGAUAAUGUGAGACUAGAGCAAUCAUCAUUGGCAGGAGAGGAAGUUCCUGCUGCUUUUGUGUCAUUUAAGUCAAGGUUUGGUGCUGCAAUAGCUUUACACAUCCAACAAGGGAUUAAUCCCACAGAGUGGGUUACUGAGAAAGCUCCUGAGCCUAAAGAUGUUUACUGGCCUUUCUUUUCUGCAUCAUUUAUAAAAAGAUGGAUCUUCAAGAUAGCAGUGGUUGUUGCAUAUAUUGCUCUUACGAUUCUAUUUCUUAUUCCAGUUGUAUUAGUGCAAGGUCUCACUCAUCUAGAUCAGCUGGAGACCUGGCUCCCCUUUCUAAAAGGUGUACUGAGCCUGACGUUCAUCAGUGAUUUGAUUACAGGAUAUCUUCCAAGUCUCAUUCUUCUUUUGUUCCUAUCUGUAGUGCCUCCAAUUAUGGUAGUCUUUUCCUCCAUUCAAGGAUAUAUUUCCCACAGCCAAAUAGAGAAAAGUGCAUGUAUCAAGCUGUUAUGGUUUACUGUAUGGAACAUUUUCUUUGCAAAUGUACUAUCUGGAUCCGCUCUCUCUAUGGUCAAUAUCUUCCUUGAGCCCAAGAAAAUUCCCAGCCUGCUAGGUGAAGCUGUUCCAGCACAGGCAUCAUUCUUCAUUGCCUAUGUAGUGACAUCUGGGUGGACCAGUCUGUCGUCAGAACUUUUUCGUCUGAUUCCUCUUCUUUACAGUUUCAUGCGAAGUCUAUUUGCAGGGAAAGAUGGAGUUGAUGAUUUUGAAAUUCCUUCAAUCCGUUACCACAGUGAAAUUCCCAGGGUUCUCUUCUUUGAACUUCUUGGUGUUACUUAUUUCUUCCUCGCCCCACUAAUUUUGCCAUUCCUCUUGGUUUACUAUUGCCUGGGAUACAUCAUCUAUCGCAACCAGUUCUUGAAUGUAUAUGCACCCAAGUUUGAAACUGGUGGAAAGUUUUGGCCAAUAGUGCACGAUUCAACAAUUUUUUCUUUAGUGCUGAUGCAUAUUAUCGCAAUUGGAAUAUUCGGCCUUAAGAAGCUUCCUCUAGCAUCCGGUUUAAUUAUCCCUCUUCCAGUUCUCACACUUAUAUUCAAUGAAUACUGUCGAAAGAGGUUCCUGCCCAUAUUCAAAGCUUACCCUACUGAGUGUUUGAUAAAGAAAGAUAGAGGAGACCAGAAUGAUCCAACCAUGACUGAAUUUCUGGAAAAAUUACCCACUGCAUAUCAGGAUCCAGCUUUGAUGCCAGUCCAAUAUUCCAGAAGUGAUGAUGGGCGCAGCUCUCCCCUUCUUGGUGCAGCUGAAGUUUAAAGCCAGUAAUUUUUGCUCUUUGUGGUCCUUGGAUAUUAAAAAUCAGGCAUGCUAAACUUGAACAGUUACAAACUCGUUCGUUGUUGUUCAUAAUGCUAAUGAAAUGAAAUUCCUUCUGUCCAUUUACCGGCAAAGAUGGCCAGUUUGUAUUUUGUACAUAUGAAUCAUGACAAUUCUCAAUUCAUGAGUGGGAGCAUGAGAAAUUUGUUAUACUGGCCCGGAUGUUUGUCAGUUCUGUGUCACUAGAGUAGUAGAGUUUCUUCCUAUAAACUUUUAUGUGCAGUUUCUGUCGCAGCUACUGUUGCAUUAAUACAUUGCUUAUUGUCAGCUUUUGACUAUAGAUAAUGUCUUGGAUGAGCUGAAGCUUUCUGAAGCACUUAUUUCAUCCCACUCUCCGGUAAUCGAUCUGAUUAAGCCUUGUCCAUUGGCAUCCUUUUGAUUCACAUGGAUCAGGUGCGCACUUAUCUGGAUAAAUUCAGAGAUGGUUUUAAGUAUUGAUAGGUUAGGUUGA